AUGCCAGAAAUAACGACUCAAAAGGAAAAUCUUUUGAGUCUUCUUUCAAUUGAAGUAUUUAUAAGCCAUGUUCAUAUUGAUCUUAAUAUAGAAUGUCAUUUGCCUUGUGUAGUUUUUCGUUUACUUGAUUAUCCAGCUGUAUCAAUACCUUAUUUUGAUCAAUGGCAAGUAGAAGAUUUUCAUAAUUUAAAAAAAGACUAUCCAAAUAUAUCCUGGCGUCAGUUAUUGUCUGAUCAAUUUUAUGAACUUCGUUCAGCUAAUGGAAAAUUUAAUUUUAAUCGUGGUAAAUCAUGUUUAUUUAAAACUUAUUUUAAAACAUUAUACACACAUUUAUUAAAUGUACCACUCUUUAUAUUACUUAUUGAUCAAAUUAAUGAUAGUCAUAAAAAUGAGUCACAUUUUAUUGGUAGUUGUAAUGUUAAAUUAAAUGAAUUAAUUGAAAUAUUAAAUCAAUCAAUUAUUAAAAAUGGUUAUGAUAUACCACUUGUUGAACAACAAACAUUCCAUUGUAUACUUUUUAAUUUAAUGGGUACUAAAAUUGGUACUUGUGAUAUUGCUAUUCGAUUUUGUCAUUAUGGUACAACUAUUUUAACACAUUUACCAAUGCUUCGUGAUGAACAAGUAAUUAAAACAGAUAAAAAAGUUCCAGUUACUACCAAAGAACAAGCUACUGAAUCAUCAGUUAUUUCACCACCUACGGAUACAAUUGUUAAACAUAUUCAUUUUGUUAAUGAGAAAAAAGAUGUUGGUUUACAAUUGUCUCGUAGUGAUCUUCCGUCAUCAUCAAGUAAUAAUAAAUCAGCUCAAACACGUUGGACAAGUACAAAAACUCGACCAAUUGAUUCUCAUCAUUCAAAACGUCGAUAUUUACGUACAAUAGAAGAUCCAUCGUUUGAUGAUCCAACCCUUAAUUUUUAUCGACCACCACCACUUUAUUAUAAUUCUGAUUGUGAUUUUCUUCAAAUGAUAACACCAGUAUCAACAAAAGUCAUCGAACAAGCAAAAGAAAAUCGUUUAUCUUAUCUUGCAUCCAUUCCUAUUGUUAGCUUCGAUGAUGAACCGAAUAUUGAAAAAGAAGAUAAUGAUGACGAAAAUGAAAAGCGUCAUUUAAAAAGAAAAUCUACAAGUAAUGUACGUUUUAAUUUACCUUCAUCAUUACCAUCAAAAGUUAUUACUCGAACAACAAUGAUUUCAAAACAGCCAACAUUAGCAAAAGAUUUUUUACAUAAUUUCCCACUUCUUCGAUCGCUUGUUGAAGAAGCUUUAGCUUUACAACAACAUCAAUAUGAUAUACCAACAUCAGUUAGACAUGUAAUGUUCGAUAAUCGUCCACAUUCAGCUGUACAACAGAAACAAAAUAAUUUAAAACAAAUGUCAGUACGACCUAAAUCGGCAAUGAAUGUUCGUACAAUACGAACUAAAUCUGUUAUUGUAACAAGAAAUAUAAAUAAUACACAUCGACUUUAUCCACCUUCAUCAAAAACGAAUAAAAUAAUCGUAACAAAAAAUGAAGUACGUGAUUUAGUUGAUCGGUUGUCUAAGCCAAAAUUUAAUAAACGUGUUGAACGAGAAAUUGCAUCGAUUGAUCAAGAUCUACCAACUCAAGAACCGAUUUCUAUCAAUACUACACGAAAGCCACCACCUUCUUAUGGUACAACACGUGCUCAUCGAUUAAUGACUGAACUUUCUCGAGCUCGUCGUGCUGGUCUUCAACCUCAAGCAGCUAGUUCACCUAAGUCGCAAACAUCUCCAAAGAAAGAACCGAUAUCAAAUAGUCAUACUCCUUCAUCAUCACCACAAAUAAUGAAUACUGCCACAAUUUCACGCUUAUCUCUUCUAAAUAAAGUUGAUGUUGAUACUCCUACUGUACAAAAAACGAAUAUUCAACGAGCAUCUUUGGAAAUAACACCAGAAAAUAAGGGUCCAAUUCAGAAAUCACCAUCAACAACAAGUCAAGAUGUUACUUUAAAAUUGAAUCGAACAAUAACAAAGAUUACAUUUUCCACUCCUGAAUCAACUGGCAUACCUCAACAUAAUCAAGAAAAUGAUCAAAGAAAUGAUGAUUUAGCUUUUUCGAUUACUGAUAUAACUGAUUAUUUUACCGAUGGUGGAGAAACAAGCACUCGUUCACCAAGUCGACAAUCCACGUGA